AUGAAUAAGAGAACUCUGUCGAGUGAUGAAAACGAAAAUGAAAAAAACAAAACAGGAGUCAAAAGAUACUUAAUGAGCAAUGAUGAUCAUUUCGAGAGUCAAAAAAUGUACCAUGAAAAAAAUUGCGCUUCAAAAAUGAACACAAGUACAUUAAUUGAAAUCAAAGAAGAUGAAUAUGUUCUUUCAGACAUGAACAAUAAUCUCAACGGGAAUGACAAUGAUGGGGAUCCUAAUUGUGCUAUUGGACGAGGUACAUCUCUGAUAGAUGGAAAUAUGGAUCAUGACAGAGAGAAUACGAAAUAUGGUGGUGUUAAUAGUAUGGGUGAAUUUGGAUAUAGUAAUGUAAUGGGGGCAGGAAGUUGUGUAAUGAACAGUGAAGGAGGAUCGAAUAAUCAAGCAGCAAAUAUUUAUUUCCAAAGUGAUAGCAAAAAGAGAAAAGGAAGUAAAUACAGUGGAAUGCCAUUUUUGAAAAAAGAAAAAAAUUGUGUAAAUACAUUCCUGAUUUUAAAAAAUGUACCGAGAGAUGCAGAAGAAGAAGACAUAAAAUCAUUUAUGAGACCAUUUAUAAAAAACAGUAAUCCAGAAAUUUUGUUUGAUCGAGAUUGUAUUAUAGUUAAGUUGUAUGAUGAUGACCUGAACAAAAAUAUUUAUAAUUAUUUUAAUGAACAUCCAACGCAAAUAAAGGGUUCAUUUGUGAGUGUAAAAUUGUCAAAACUGAAUGACACAACUGAUGGUUCGAUUAAUAAAGAAAACUUGGAUGAAUAUGAAAACGGUGCAAAUGUUAGCGCAAAUGUUAGCGCACAUGUCGGAGCAAAUGCGAAAGAAGCACCGGAUGGUCUGAAUAAAAAAACCGGGAAAUACAAUAAACAGGAGUCAUCAAGAGUUAUACUAGUAUCCGUUCUGAAUUUACAUUACCCUGUUGAUAUUGAAUUAAUAUAUUACCUAUUUAGUAAGUGUGGAACUGUUGAAAAAAUUAUCACCUUUUCUAGAAAUCCUCUAGUUUAUCAAGCCUUAGUACAAUUUCAAAACAUCGAAACAGCACAGGAGGCUAUAAAAACGUUACAUAAUAGAAAUAUUUAUGAUGGUUGCAACACAAUUCAGAUACAGUACUCCUUUUUAAAGGAACUUGUUGUAAAGGCAAAUAAUUCAAGCUCACGGGAUUACACCACGUCCAACAUGAACAAAAACAAAAAUCUCCCCAAUUUACAAACUUCCCAUGGUGUCCUCCCCACCCCGACUCGGAAAGGAAAUGAUCCUGAGUUGUAUUUGUUAUUAGAAAGGAAAUUCAAGCUAGUAGAUUUUGACGCAAAAAAUGCAUCCAAAACACCAGUUUUAAUUUGCUACAAUAUCCCAAAGGAUUACACGGACGUUCAUAAGCUAUUUAACUUAUUCAGUGUUUACGGAUUUGUGUCGAGAAUAAAAAUUCUGAGAGAGAAACCGGAUUCUGCUCUCAUCCAAUACUCAGGCUAUUUAUUCGCUUCUGUGGCGCAGGAAUGUUUACAGCACGCAAAAGUUGGAGAUCAAAUUUUGGAAUUACAUUUCUCAAAAAUCCUCGAUAUACGCAUUGCCCCUCAACAAAAGAAAAUAGAAUCCUACAAGGCCAAAUCAUUUAGUAGCUACGAUCAGAGAUAUUUGAUAGCAGAUCAAGCAAAAUACAUAAAAGGAGCAUGCAAACCUACGAAAACAUUAUUCAUAUCAAACGUGAGCGAAGAAGUAACCGAGGAGUGUAUAAUGAACUUAUUUAUGAAAUAUGGAGAAAUCAAAAAAUUAAAAAUACAACCAAUAAAGGAGGGAAAGAAACAUAUAACCAUCACCGUGGAGUUAAGUUCAGAAGAUACUGCAACAAGGGCUUUAAUGGAUCUCCACAAUUUUUAUCUGAAAGAUCGCUUCAUAAAAGUAUCCUAUACGAAAACUCGUUUAUAA